AUGGUCAAGCUGGAUUUUCCCCGUUACAACGGAGAAGAAGAUACUAAAAGUUGGACUUUCCGUGUGGAGCAAUUCUUCGAGUUCCAUCAAACUCCUGAGGAGGAGUGGAUAGCUUUGGCGUCAUUUCAUCUUGAAGAAGAGGCCCAACUCUGGUACCAGCUAUAUAAGCAAGGGGUAGGAGUGAUAUCAUGGGCAGCCUUUUGCAAAGGGCUCCAUGCAAGAUUUGGUCCCACUCCCUUCCAGGAUUUCUUUGGUGAGCUUGCCAAGUUGCAGCAGACAGGAUCGGUUCGAGAGUAUCAGUCUAAGUUCGAGAGGGUUUUAUCUAAAGUGGGUCUACUCUCUUCUAAUAGACAGGUGAGUUGCUUUGUGAGUGGCCUCCGUGAUUCCAUUAAGGUUGACGUCCUGGUAGUGCAACCAUCAACCCUUGCUAGCGCCAUUAGUCUGGCACGAUUGUACGAGGCAAAGAUCAUGUCACAAAGGCAUACGGUAUCACAACUUGAGUCCCGCAAACCGAUUACUAGUAACAAGGACUCCAAGAGUGGCAUCAAUCCAUUGCCAAUUAAGCGAUUAACGGCCAAUGAGAUGCAUGAAAGAAGAUCAAAAGGGCUUUGCUAUAACUAUAAUGAGUGUUUCAUCCCUGUCCAUCGAUGCAAAAAAUUAUUUCUUAUUGAAGGGUGUGAUGCAGAGGAAGAAGAAGAAGAACUGCCCCCAGAGCAAGAUGCGUUUGGGGCAGUUGAAGGAGUUCCUGAAAUUUCUCUACAUGCCAUCUGCGGAGUGCGAGCCCUAGAGACUAUGAGAAUAACAGGUAGGCUGUUACGUGUGGUAGUAACAAUACAGGUUGAUUUUGGUAGCACACACAAUUUCUUGAGUUUGAAGUUGGAAAAAAAGGUAAGACUCUCACCCACACAUCACCAACCUUUUGAGGUAAUGAUUGCUUCUGGAGAUAAAAUAGCAAGUCCUGGUGUUUGUAAGGACGUUACCUUGGUGGUCCAAGGAGUCCAAAUCAAAGUGGACUUUUAUCUCUUGGCAUUGGGAGGAUACGAGGUGGUAUUGGGCACCAAUUGGUUAUGUUCCUUGGGACCGAUCACGUGGGAUUUUUCUAACCUUGUUAUGAAGCACAAGGUGGCGGGUGAAGUGGUUGUUCUCAAGGGAAUGACUACUGGUAGGGAUAAAAUGGUGGAGAAUCCAACCCGAGAAACAAGGAAGAGCAAGCAAGGACUCUUGCUACAACUAUGCUCUACCAUCUCUCUUACGUGGCAUGAAGAGAAGAAAAUGGUUGUGGAACCACUCCAACAAAUUCUGAUUUCCUAUGGAGAUGUGUUCGCAGAGCCUCAAGGGCUUCCUCCAGUUCGUGGGCAUGACCAUAGAAUCCCACUCAAGGCAAAUUCUCAACCAAUUUGUGUUUGA